UGUGUUUUGCCCUAGCCGGUGCUGCUCAGGAGCUGCCGGGCUUGCACGAGGCUCAAGGCAACCUAGAGCUGGCGCGAGAGGAAGCGAGGGCCCUCUGCCGGAGCUACCUGCCGGGUGCACCCCGCAGCCCGGCAGCGGCUCGGAGCUGGCGGUGGCGUGGCGGUGGGGUUAGGGGGCCGAGACGCCCGGGCAGCUCCGUGCGGGGAGGAGGGCCGGGUCAGUCAGCCCCGCGUCGGGAGUCCCGACGGCGGGCAACUCAUCCCCUCGCCUUCCCCAGCCUCACGGCCAGCCUUUCACCGGGGCCGGGACCGGCGGCGGUGCGGGCCCGGGAGAGUGGGAGCAAGCGGGGGGAGGGGGGAGGUCUGAGCUUGCAGCGGGGAUUUCAGGAGGGGAGAGCGCUGCAGGAAGUGGGGGCGGCGCCGCAGCCCCUCGGGGGACCGACAGAGAGAGAGGUCGGAGGCACCCCGGAAACGGAUUUCGUUUUAGUGCGGCCGCGAUCUCUGAGCGUGGGAAGAGGAGACCUGCCGGCCCGGGGCUGCUGCUGAGUAAUUGCCGGGAGCUGCGGUGGUAGCCGCCACGCGAGGGUUUGGCUUCCACGUCCUAUAAGACCAACUGCAGGCACAGUAAUUGCAGCAGCAGCAGCAGCAGCAGCAACAGUAACAGUAGCAGCAGCUCCUCCUCCUCCAGGCUCUUCCCCUGCAGCUGCCAUCCCUGCCGCCCCUUAGGCUCUUCUCCAGGCCAGUGACACUCGCCCCUGGGGCUUAUCGGAGCCCCCAGCCCCUUUCCCCCCUAGCUUCCUCCUCCUCUUUCUCCAUGUCCGGGUCGGAGCAGCAGCAGCCGCCUCGGCGGCGGGAGGAUGAGAGCGAGCCGGACUCGGCGGCCGCGGCGCCCCUGCACGAUGCCGAGCUGGCCCUGGCCGGCAUCAACAUGCUGCUCAACAACGGCUUCCGAGAGUCGGACCAGCUCUUCAAACAAUACAGAAAUCAUAGUCCAUUAAUGAGUUUCGGAGCCAGCUUUGUCAGUUUUUUGAAUGCCAUGAUGACAUUUGAGGAAGAAAAAAUGCAGUUGGCAUGUGAUGACUUAAAAAUGACAGAAAAACUGUGUGAAAGUGAAGAAGCUGGGGUUAUUGAAACAAUCAAGAAUAAGAUCAAGAAGAACGUUGAUGCCCGAAAAUCUGCACCAUCUAUGAUUGAUCGACUUCAGAGGCAAAUAAUUAUAGCAGACUGUCAGGUUUACUUGGCUGUACUUUCUUUUGUGAAACAAGAGUUGUCAGCAUACAUAAAAGGUGGAUGGAUCCUUAGAAAAGCCUGGAAAAUCUACAACAAGUGCUACGUAGACAUCAAUGCCCUACAGGAGCUGUAUCAGAAAAAGCUAACUGAAGAACCUUCAGAUGCUGCAAAUGAUAAUCACGUUGCUGUGGAAGGGCUAUCAGAGGAGUCUCUAAAUAGACUGAAAGGGGCUGUUAGCUUUGGAUAUGGACUAUUUCAUCUCUGUAUCUCCAUGGUGCCCCCAAACCUCCUCAAAAUCAUCAACCUGCUGGGUUUUCCUGGAGACCGGUUGCAGGGGCUUUCUUCCUUGAUGUAUGCAAGUGAAAGUAAGGACAUGAAGGCUCCUUUAGCUACAUUAGCUCUCCUGUGGUAUCACACUGUAGUUCGUCCUUUCUUUGCCUUGGAUGGCAGUGAUAACAAGGCAGGCUUGGAUGAAGCUAAGGAGAUUCUUCUGAAGAAAGAAGCUGCUUAUCCAAAUUCUUCCCUGUUUAUGUUCUUCAAGGGACGAAUACAGAGAUUAGAGUGUCAGAUCAACAGUGCCUUGACUUCUUUCCAUACGGCUCUGGAACUUGCAAUAGAUCAGCGAGAAAUUCAGCAUGUCUGUCUCUAUGAAAUUGGUUGGUGCAGUAUGAUAGAACUGAACUUUAAAGAUGCUUUCAAUUCCUUUGAAAGACUUAAAAAUGAAUCAAGGUGGUCUCAGUGCUAUUAUGCAUAUUUAACUGCAGUUUGUCAGGGAGCCACCGGCGAUGUGGAUGGGGCACAAGUCGUAUUCAGAGAAGUACAAAGGCUUUUCAAAAGGAAAAACAACCAAAUUGAGCAAUUCUCAGUCAAAAAGGCAGAGAGAUUUCGUAAACAAAUUCCGACCAAAGAGCUCUGUGUGCUAGCAUCCAUUGAAGUGCUGUAUUUGUGGAAAGCCCUUCCAAACUGUUCUUUUCCCAACCUACAGAGAAUGAGCCAAGCUUGCCAUGAGGUCGACGAUUCAUCUGCUGUUGGAUUAAAAAAUUUGCUUCUUGGUGCCAUACAUAAAUGCUUGGGAAAUUCAGAAGAUGCUAUUCAGUUCUUUCAGAGAGCUGUCAAAGAUGAGUUGUGCCGUCAGAAUAAUUUAUACAUUCAACCAUAUGCUUGUUGACUUGGCUGUCUCCUAUUGGAUAACCCAGAGACUGUGGCGAGAGGUAGAACUCUGCUUUUACAAGGCAAGGAGGAAUUCACUGGCUAUGACUUUGAAAACAGAUUACAUGUGCGUAUCCAUGCAGCCUUAGCCUCUUUGAGGGAAGUGGUACUCAGUGACAGACAAGAAGUCUUGAUUUUUCCCACACCACACAGUUUUCUGCACUUUAAAACACAUGCAGUAGGAUAGAGCUGUUGGGAAGAUCAGCUUCAGCUUUUCUUCUGAAAACCACCUGUGCCAGAGAUACAUUUUUGGAGUUGGGCUGACACAUUAAAAAUCUCCUCUUCUAAACGAAUAACUUUUUUAAAAAGUCAGCUGGUGAGAGGGUUAAGUGACCUUGUUCAAACAAUUUAGGGUUUUUUUUCAUUUUCAUUUUGUUUGUCAAGCUAAAUAUAGUUGAUCUGUAAUUUAUUCAGGAAAAAAUUAUUAUAAGCACACAUUUGACUUGAGUCACAUUAACAAUUGUAUUAUAAAAAAGUAAAAUGAAUGAUCAUAUCACCACCUACAUUUGUACUGGCGCUUUGAAACAAUAAAAACACUGACUUUCCAAUCUUUUUAUGUUAUCCUUACAAUGUUCCUGUGAAAUAUAUUAAACAUUAUCCCAGUAUCACAGAUGACAGGACAGGCACAGGGAGAUUUUGCAUAGUGAGUUAACUAACAAUGAGGCAAGGUCUCCUAGUAUAAUUACCAUACCCAACACAAUACUCUUUUAUUGGAAUAAAAUUAUAUAUACUUAGACCUCCAUGCUUUUUCCUAGAAAAAAGCCACAUACUCUUUUAAUUCACAUGACAUUAAUCUAAAAUAAUUAUUUCUCCAGAUUAUUAAAGUAUUUUUCAAAAUAGCAAGGACCGUGGGGCAGCUAGAUGACGCAGUGGUUAAAGCACCGGCCCUGAAUUCAGGAGUACCUGAGUUCAAAUCCGGCCUCAGACACUUUGACACUUACUAGCUGUGUGACCCUGGGCAAGUCACUUAACCCCCAUUGCCUGCAAAAAAAAAAAAAAUAGCAAGGACCAGAAUUUUUUUUCUCAAGACAACCAAAAAAUGAGGGAAACAGAAAUUAAUCUUGAAGCCAGGACUAUACCAUUUGAGCAAACUUAAUUUAGUAACUUAUUCUAAAACCUGGAUAUUUAGCAUUUAAGUUAUGGAAUUUUCAACUUUUCUAUGAUAAAUUGUUAAAUUACUUAAAUUUUUAGUUUUGGAGUUCUUCAAGUAGGUUUCAUAUUACAGUUUUUUACUUAAACAUGGAUUUGGGGAUAGGGGAGAGGUUAACUUGCAGUGUUCAAUUAAAUAAUUGAAUUCUGGGUUAGAUAGGACCAGGAUUCAACUAUUUUCCCCUGUGGCCCCAACCUUAGAUUAUCAAAUAUUGUAACAAGGGUAGUUCAAAGUCAAUUUUAAGUUCUCUUAUUCCUAAAUUUUUAGUGGUUACCUAACUUAACCACCACAUGCAGUACACUACACCUACGGUAUUGACAUAUCUAAAUUCCUCAGGUCAAUUUUGAUCACUCUACCAUGACUGUGUUUGAUUUGAACAAAUCUGAAGUGAUUCCUAAGUAUGAUUUCUCAUGACCUAACACUAGAUGUCCCUUUAGAGGAUUCAUUUCCUCACAUACUCUUUGCACUGAAGUAAAACUCUUGUGCAAUAGUAACAUUUUUAUUUUGCUUUUCACAGUUCACAGUGGGUCAGAAUUUGACCAGAAUAUUGGUGAACUUUAAUAAACUCUUGGUAUUAAUUUUGAGGAAAUAGUGACUUCUUUGAAAAUAAUUGUUAUUCCUUACUUCUCACUAGGCAAUCGAUCAAAUGUUUCCUCAUCUGUUACUGGCCACUUUUUAAUGGCUAAAUUACCCCAGAGUGUGUUUUUCCAACCUACUUAAUUCAGAAAAUCCAUUCUUUGUUGGUUUAGGCAGCAGAGAAAAAAAGAUUGGGGCUGUCCCAUUCGUUAAGUGGUUAGAUUCAGAAACCAAAUAAGUGUUUUCUGAAUAGAUUAUUGGGGGACUUCCAUCAAGAUGGCUAAGUAACCCUUUUUAAAAUUCUAUGGGCUGCAUUUGAAUUCCCUGGUUUUUCUGGGUUGAUGAGAAAAUUAUGAAUCUUUAGGAUGUAUCUUAAUGCAACUUGAGUUCCCUUCUAAUCAAUAGUACAUGUAGCUAGUCCAUUUGAAAAACAUUUACAUCUGUCUAAUGUGUUUAAAGAUCUUUUGAGUGCAUUCUUGCUUCAGUGUUGAGCUGUACUUUAAUUGUCAAGUCAGGCAAAAGUAUCAGUAAACCUAUUACUCAUUAUGUAAAGACUAUUGAUAAGCCCUGUGAUUUAGAAGUAGCUUAAACUUAGUGGAAUUUCUUUUUACUCUUCAUUUGUUUUUUGUUUCUUUUAAAAUCAAGCACAGUUCACUCUGUGACAGAUUGUUCACACCCUUACUCAGAGUUCCUUUAAUAUUUCAGGUCUAGGUUUAAAAUGGUCCAUUCUUCCCAGUCUUCCCAACUUAUACCUAUGGUACCUUUAUGUUAACAUUACAGGAGAGAUAUGAAAGACACUAAUCUCUAGAGCACAGUAUAUGUAUGUUGUUCCAUUUAGAAUACUGAAAACUGUAUUUCAUCAAGAAAUUGAAUAAACGCUUUGAAUUGAUAUGAUUUAGAAACAGGACUUUCUGGUCCCUGUGCUAUGAUUUGCUAUGACCUGUAAUCUUGCACUGUAAUUCAUUCUAUGUAAUUUGCUUCCUCUUGGCCCUACUAAUCAGAAACAAUCACUUAAGUGGAAUAUAUUUGUAUUAUUUUGGGGUUUUUUUUUUCUGUUUCUGCCAACCUCCCCUCUUCCUACUUUGGGGAGAUUCUUUGGAGCAUCUCCAUUUAUAAAUGUCAAAUAUCCUUUUAUAUUAGAUCAUGCCUGUGAUGAGAACAAUAUCAAAUGUAUGUAACAUCAUCUGCAUAUGUUUUUAUAAUUUGGACAACUCGGAGGCAUGAUCUAAUAGCAAUAAUAGAAUAUGCAUCCUUGCUAACUAACCAAUAUUCUUAGAUUUUAUCUUUAAUAAAAGAUCAGGCAUACUUUAUUUUUAGCUCACUAAUGACUAUGUCUCCUACUGAGUUUUAAAAAAAUUUUUAGAUGUCACUGAAAAUUAGAAUAUUUAUUGUGGUGUAUUGUAAAGUAAAUAAUUUCUAGAACUUGCACUUUUAUAUUUCU